AUGUCGUCUGAGCCAAUAUCGACUACCAACCGGACUCUGGCCAUUUUUGGCGCGACCGGUCGCACUGGAAGCGAAACUAUCAAAGCCCUCCUCGCCAAACCAAACAACCCCUUCACCAUGAGAAUCUUCGUCCGCUCUCGUGAUAAGCUUAUUUCCAUGUUUCCCCAAUUCAAGGCCGACCGCAACGUCAAAAUCAUCGAAGGACAAGUCACCGACGUUUCUUGCGUAAGAAAUUGCCUAGAAGGCGCGGAUACCAUCAUCUGCGCGCUUGGCGACAACGACAACAAGCCUACCAUACGCGUGCUAGAAGACGCCACCAGGUCAAUUGUCACGGCACUGAAGCAAUUGAAGAGCGAUGCGGGUGGGGAGUGGAGACGGCCGCGAUUCAUCCUGCUUUCGUCUGCGACGUGGAACAAGCGCUUUGAGGCAAAGACACCCGUGGUUGUAAGGUGGCUCAUCAAGAAUGCGUUUUACUAUCCCUACGCCGACCUUCUCAAGGCGCAUGAGACGUUGCAAGCCGAGCCGGAGUUGAUCAAGUUGUUGCUUGUGCAGCCACCGGCAAUCAUCGAGGAAGAGGCCAGCGGGUAUACCAUCAGCGCUGAGUCGGUAGGCCUGGCAGUUUCAUAUGGAGACCUCGGCGCAGCGUUUGCAGAACUAGCGACUGAGAAGGCGUAUGAAGACAUUGCGGCUGUCGGUGUCACUUCAGGCCUGGCAAAGGAAGGGUUUCCGAGAUAUGGCACCGAAGUUUUGUACCGAGUUAUUAGAGGGUUGAUGGCGAGUUUCAUCCCUGGAUUUUGGAGGCUCAUUGCUUAA